GCUACUCAUAAAGUACAGCAUACAUUUAAGCUUUAGCAUCAGUUAAUUGUAUGACAGGGACCGACGACUGUUCAGCGGGUCUUAGAUUCUAAUGACUAAGUGAUCAAAAGUGAGAGAAAUAAUUCAUGAUCGAGUGAAGUCGAGGAUAAUUCGAGUCCGGAUCAAUUCGGUGCAAUAAAAGCCAGGCGCGUGAAAAAAAAGUGCGCUCACUAGAUACAUGUAUAUCUGAUGCACGCUGCUUACUCAAGCGUGUCCAAGGAACUGACAAAGCUUUACCCCCCACCUCAAAAUAAAAAAAAAAUGGUCGACUUCAACGUCUCGGAGAUAUCUUUGUGUAGGUUCGGUGAUCGUUCGGAUAGGAAAGAGUUACUAUGACUGUGCUUCAGAUUUUGGGAAGAUUAUGAGAUCUUUAUGUCUUUUCUUUAUAACAUUAUACUAUUGAUUUUAAGGUAAAAGAUAAAAGGAUAGCGUGCAAAGUCAACGCAUUAAAAGAGUGCAGUACUAAAAGAAAAAGGGAGAAAAAACAUAAACCGGCAUGGAUAACGUGAGUUUUGGUCCGUCUCCGGACUUUUCCAACGGAUCCGGAUUUUUAAACGGAUCGAAUUCGGAUUUUGAUGAAUUCGGUUACCUGGAAUCACACCUUGGACCCCGUUAUUUAAACACCCCUGUACUGGCCGUUCUGUCCAGUGUGUAUGUUGCGAUUUUUCUGUCUGGGACCGUGGGCAAUGUAUGCACGUGCAUCGUGAUCGCCAGGAACAGGCACAUGCACACGGCGACCAACUACUACCUAUUCAGUCUGUCCGUCUCGGACUUGGCCACGCUGUUUCUGGCUCUUCCACAGGAGCUAUACAUGAUUUGGGAGGCCUAUCCCUGGCGACUGGGAGAGGGAUUUUGCAUCAUCAAAGCAUUCAUUACAGAAAUGUCUGCAUACGCGUCCAUCCUCACCAUAACUGCCUUCACAAUAGAACGAUGGGCGGCCAUAUGUCACCCAAUGAGAUUCCAGAAGUUGUCCAAUUUAUCACGAGCUGUCAAAGAGAUCGUAGUGAUCUGGAUUCUGUCCAUUUUGUGUGCCCUGCCUUACCCCAUUCACACACGGACGUUUUACGAGAUGGCACACCCCGUGACGUUUCGUCCCCUUGUCGACUCCAUGGUUUGCAGCAUCCCCCAUCAAUGGCGGGAAACCAUGAAAGUGUUCCUGCAGUUUUCCUCGUUCAUAUUUUUUGUCUUACCCAUGACACUUAUAACACUAAUAUACAUUCGGAUUGGGAUAACACUGUAUAAUUCAGAGGUUAUCGGCGUUCAGCAGAACUCACUGGGACCGGAAGGUGGCGCUCAAAGUAAGAAGUCGUUCAGUGCAACAAAGGCCCGGAAGUCCGUAUUGAAGAUGCUAGUUGCAGUAGUGGUGGCCUUUUUCGUCUGCUGGGCGCCUUUUCACACUCAGAGGCUGUGGACGAUCUACAUGAAGAAAGAACACUGGACAACUGAGCUACUGGAGCUCCAAAAUCAUGUGUUCUUCCUGUCAGGUGUGCUCUACUUCUUCAGUGCCACGGUGAACCCCAUUCUUUACAACGUCAUGUCCAGGAAAUACAGACAGGCGUUUAGACAAACUCUAUGCGGGGGGCGUCCCCGAAACCCGGACCCCCGAAGUACCUACGUCUCUUCCUACAGCCCUUCCCGUCAGAAAACCCUCGGCUACAACAAGAUGUCCAAGUCUGCAGUCGGACGGUUCAGCAUUGAAGAAACGGAAAACACGUACGCUGAAAGCCGGUCUUAGUGGAGAUGUUUGAUACAGGUGUAUGAUACAUGUGUAUGAUUUAUAGGUGAAUGAUACAGGUGUAUAAAAUAAGUGUUUGAUAAACGCGCAUUAUACAUGUGUAUGGUACAGGUCUUUGAUACACUCAGGUAUAUAGUACAAGUGUAAGACACAGGAACUGAGUAUAUGGUACGCGUAUGCGAUACAGAUGUAUAGUACAAGUGCAUGAUACAGAAAUAUAAUACUGAUGUA